CAGUGUGUGUCUGAAAGAUCUAAAAUUAUUCUCCACAGGGUUGCACUAUUCCUAUCAACCAGGCUCGGCCUAAUCGAAAUCUUACCUUCACCAAGAAAGAGCCAAUUGGUUUGUGUGCCAUUGUCAUUCCAUGGAAUUAUCCAUUAAUGAUGCUGGCCUGGAAGACUGCAGCCUGCCUGGCAGCUGGAAACACCGUGGUGCUCAAACCUGCACAGGUCACACCUUUGACUGCUCUCAAGUUUGCCGAAUUAACUGCACUGGCGAAGUUUCCAAAGGGCGUGGUGAACAUACUUCCAGGAUCCGGGUCUCUGGUUGGUCAGCGGCUGUCUGACCACCCUGAUGUUCGAAAACUGGGCUUCACCGGCUCCACUGAGAUUGGCAAACAGAUAAUGAAAAGCUGUGCAGUCAGCAAUGUGAAGAAGGUUUCACUUGAGCUAGGAGGGAAAUCUCCUCUCAUCAUCUUUAAUGAUUGUGAUCUGGACAAAGCUGUCAGAAUGGGUAUGAGCUCUGUGUUCUUUAAUAAGGGAGAGAACUGCAUUGCAGCAGGGAGACUGUUCAUUGAGGAAUCUAUCCAUGACACUUUUGUGGAGAGAGUGGUAAGCAAUAAACAUACAUGAAGAGUUCAGAUGCAAAAGCCUCUA